GGAGCAGUAAGUAACCUUUUGGCAAGAAUUCCAAGUUCCAACAGCCAAACAGAGAUUUGAAGAAUGCUGAUUAACCCACUAACUACCAAUCCAAGAUUUCCCAAAAGCAAAGCUGCCCAUUUUCAGCAACUUAUCAAUAAUAACAACACCAAAUCCAGUUGCCCAUUUUCACAUCAUUAUCCCCUCCAUUCUAGAUAUUAUUCCAGAGAUUCCAGAUGUUUUUCCACCAUAUCUACUUCCAUUCCCAGGGCGUUUCAGAAAUGGGUAUCAUUGAAAGACAAUUGGCUAAGGUUGGCUUCCUGGAUCAUCUUCAUAUACUUGUUUUCCCUUACCCCAUAUGUGUAUGCACAAGACCAUUCCUCGUUGCUCGUUAGGCACUCUUGCGAAGAUGUUCAAAGUUAUUAUGCUAGUGUCGGCCAACUAAAAGGCAAGGCAUUAAGUAGAAAACUGAACUCCAUCAUUGCUGGGCAUCAUUCGUUAUCAUACAAAGAGGUUUGGGAUGCUCUUAAGAUUCUUGACGCUGCUGAUUUUGAUGAACCAGAAUCUUCAUCUGAAAUAGUUGAGAUCUACUCGGCAAAAGUUGUUCCCAAGCGUUUAGCUGGAAAACCUGAAGGCUGGAAUCGAGAACAUCUCUGGCCGCGAUCAUAUGGGCUAACGCGUGGUCCAUCCUUAUCUGAUUUGCAUAACAUUCGCCCAGCAGAUGUGAACGUGAAUUCGUCCAGAGGUAACAAGUAUUUUGGAGAGUGCCAAGUCGAAUCUACACAUUGCGUGAAGCCUGCAAACAAGGAAGCUGCUUCUGAUACCGAAACAGAUAUGAAAAUAUGGGCUCCACCUAAACGGGUUAGAGGAGAUGUUGCAAGAGCAGUGAUGUACAUGGCGGUUCGUUAUGGGUUUCACCAACCGGCUAAAGGUCCUACUCUUCGCUUAUCAGAUUCUCCAAGCAUGGUGAAAAGGGAAAUGGGAUUACUCUCAAUAUUGCUGAAAUGGAAUGAGUUAGACCCUCCAUCUCAUGAGGAAAAGUUGAGAAAUGAAAGAGUAUGUAGGCUUUACCAGCACAAUAGAAAUCCAUUUGUAGAUCAUCCUGAGUUUGCUAAUUUGAUUUGGAAACAACCCAUUUCAACACACCAAAAAAUCUUCUCCUACUUAAAAUCAGCUGUUUAUAUGCAAUAAUAUUGAUGAUAUUUACCGAUUAAUAUGUAACUACACAUUUUAUUACUCUAAUGUCACUGAGUGGCUUCCACUUAAGUUGAGCUUGAAGUGAUUGUAUAUAUACAACUUUUCCCGUAAAAAUAAAGAGGUUGUAAAGAUUAAUCCUUGAUAGAAAACACGAUUUCCAAUGUUUACAUAAAUAAGGAGUGUUCGUGAUUUAAUAAAAUAAUUCAUCAUAAUCAAAAAUCAAAGAAAUACUUCAUUAAAUCUUUGACUCUAUCAAGAAUG